AUGGAUGAUCCCAUUUCGAUUACGUACCAACGAUCCAAAUUGGCGGUUUUAUAUCAUUUGAACAGAUCAGAAGAAGAUUUAAAUGAUGCGGUUAUGUCAAUUAAAUAUUGGAUCGAAUCUCAGCCUCAUUUACCAAGAAAUACAAACAAAAAUAGAAUUGAAUUUUUUUUAUUAAACAAUACACUUGAUAUUGAAGCUGCUAAAAAAAAAUUGGAGUCAUAUUAUACCAUGAGAACGUCGUUAACAAUUGUUUUUCAGUAUUCAAAUCCAGGUACACCUCAGAUGAAAAGUACAAUUGGUUCUACUCAAAUAGUACCUUUGCCGAAACUAUUAGAAAACAUAUAUAGUGUGAUGUUAAUAAAGUUGCGAAAAUAUGUACCAGCAGAACUUGAUCCGCAUUGGUGGGUGGCAGCUGCUAUAAACGCCCACGAAAUUAAUAUUCAAGAAAAUUUAAUGCUGAAUUACGUAUUAAUUUACGAUUUGGAAAAUUUAACGUUGGAACAUGUACUAAAGCUCACUCCUAUGUUUAUCUUAAACUGUUCAAAGAUGGCCGACAAAGGAUUAGGCCGUCCUUUCAAAGGAAUACAUUUUAUAAAUUGUCCUCCUGUAUUCCAGCUAGCCUUAACUAUAAUAAGAAAUUUGUUAAGACCAGAUUUAUACGCAUUGCUUCACAUCCACUCAUCUCUUGAUAGCCUUCGAGAAACUUUUCCAAUAGAUAUUCUACCAAAAGAUUAUGGAGGCAACGAAAAAUAUGUGAACGAAUUAGAAGAAACUUGGCUAAAGAAAUACGAUGACUACAAAGACUAUUUUGAUAACCUGGAUGUUUUGAAAGUGAAUAAAGAUCUUCGUCCAAAUAUAUCACUAAACUUAUUCGGUUUCCUACCAUUUGAUUUUAGAAAUAUGUCAUUUGAUUGA